AUGGAGGUAGGAGGAGAUAUUCACCACCUCUCAUAUCAGGACUUGGCUUGUUUUACCGAUAACUUUUCCGAGAGCAACUACCUCUGCCAUUUCCAAUUCGGCAAACUUUAUCGCGGCAAGAUUGUCCAUGCUCAAUCCACUCUUUUUGUGAUGGUCAAGAUAUGGGAGGAUUCCCAAAUCUACUGUUAUAAACCUGGAGAUAACGAAUCUAGACUAAUGGAUGAAGUGAUUUUACUUCGCAAUCCUAUGGUGAUUAAUCAUCCAAACUUGGUGAAGUUGUACGGAUACUGUUAUGAAGUUGGUCAUCUUGGUGUUGUUUAUGAGUUCGAUCCAUUUGACUCCGUUUAUAACCUCAUUCCUAAAGUACUCGACAAGGAUUAUAAUCCAAAAUUAUGUGAUUUCGGUCUCGUAACCGGUGGGAUGGUUCCCGAUAGGACGAUAUAUAAAUGCCAUCAUGUCAUUGGAUGCUAUGGCUACCUUGAUCUUGCGACACACUAUCAAGAUAAUACUUCGGAGAAGCAAGAUGUGUUUGCGUUUGGGACUAUACUUCUGAGUUUGAUUUCAAAGAGACUUUACACCGAACAAGACCGGCAAAAUCUUGCACCGUAUGUUUGCCAAUGGGCCUACGGGAAGUUUAUCGAAUAUGAAAUUGAUUCAAGUAAUACUGACUCAAAAAAGCCCAAGUUUUCGGUCGUCCACCCGAGUCUAGAAGCCGAUCCUUAUUUUGAUCCUUCCGAUGGGCAUAAGAUCACUGCACUGGCACUUGAAUGUGUAGGUGACGAGUUUGCUAUGCGCCCAACAAUGAAGCAAGUUCUAAGAUCUCUGCUUGAUCUCAAAGUUGUGAAAAAACAUGUCGAUUUUGAAUCAUGUGAAAAUGUCGUCUCAUGUAUAACUGAUUUCGUAUCGACUUAUAAUUGAUGUUGUCUAAUUAAUUUAUGGCAUUCAAUGAAUCUAGGUACAAUUAUUGUUUAGUGAACGGUAUGUUCUAUAUGUUGUUUUGUUAAAAUUGUUGCAUGUCAAAAGAUCAAUAUCGAAAUAGGUAGGAUAUACUAUAUGUAUCUAUAGCUUAUGUAGACUAUAUAUCAUUUUCUUUACAGAAGAUGGUUUUAUAA